AUGAACACCUCUACGAAAUGCGGAAACGGCAAGGCCCAACCGCUCCAGAGCUCGACCUCCUCUUCCGCCGUAGCAAACCCAACCCGUACCGUCUUCGACCCCUGGAACUCUGCAUCGACGGGGCACCAGCGCGCCGAGAACCGCCUCUUAGGAUCGACGUCAUGGCGGGACAGUCGUAACUUGAAGCUUAGAGAGCAGUAUAGGGGCGGGCUGGGUGGAGGGGGGAAAAGGGUUGCGGAUACUGUGGGCGCAGGAAGCGAGGAAUGCGGAAAGGAUGGGAGGAAGGCGAAUGGAGGUUGGGAGAGGGGCGCGAAGGGUUUGAGGACGGGUAGGCAGAGGAGUUUGGUGGAGGUUUGGGGGGCGAGUAAAGUGGGGAGUGCGAAGAGGAGUUCGCAAGAGGAGAAAGAGGUGAAAUUGGAGGAGGCGCGCAGGCCCCAGUCAGCUACCGACCGAGAACUCUCAACACCCGUAGAAAAGCAGAUAUUCGAAGGGCUAUACUUCUAUCUCAAUGGCUCGACCGCACCCCUUGUUUCCGACCACAAGCUCAAGCACAUGCUCGCCUCUCAUGGCGCCGGGCAUUCAGUUGCCCUCGGUAGACGCACCGUCACCCAUGUCAUCCUUGGUACGGUUAGUGGGCAAGGCGGUUGCGGCGGUGGCCUCGCUGCAAGCAAGAUACAGAAGGAGAUUGCGAGGUCCGGGGGCAAAGGUGUGAAGUUUGUCACUGCUGAGUGGGUCCUCGCAUCUAUCAAAGCAGAGCGAAGGUUGCCAGAAUCGCGCUUCUCGCCGCUUAAGCUCGCGCCAAAGAGUCAGAAUACCGUCUUCAGCAUGAUGCGAUCUUCCAAGCCGUCAGCGGGAUGA